GCGGGCCACCAGUGGUAGUGUGGACUGUGUAGUAGUGUGCCGCUGGCCGCCAGUCUCAGUCGUCUUUAUCACACUCCGUCACUGUUUUCCUAAUUGAGGGGAAUUCCCCUGUCGGUUACAAAUCGCCACCCUCACCCAAACAAGAAGCUAGGUGUCCCUGUUACCUGCGGCAGCGGACCAAUGGGAAGCCACAAGAGAGGCGGAGUCUGAAUGAGGCAUCCCACUGGUCGACGCGCUGACUCUAAGAAAACAUUCAUGAUACACACAAGUUUCGUCCUUAGUACUUAUCAUCCAUAAGACGCUAGUUGAAUGCCCAAAACCCGGAGUGUGUGUCAGUGGAGUGUUGUGGUGCCGUGGCGUGGCAGCACUGAGUCGCGCCUCGCACACCUCAGGCGCAAGGUGUGUAGUCACAGCUGCAGCAGAUCACAGUUGAGGAUGAAACACGAGUGACAGUGUCCAACAAAGUAAAAAUCUAUCAAGUAGUAAUAGAAAAUUUAUCAGUUUCUAAGAAGCAUCACAAGUCAUGCCAGCCACACCCUCCACUCUGCUGCGCCUCUUCAGCCGAGGAGUGCGACAACAUGCUCCUGGACCACUCCGUUCCUCUCUCCGGGCCACUUCUGUCUCAAAGUCUGACGUGGCCCCUGCCGGAGACAUCACCAGCACUCCCAUACCUGAAAUCACAGAUGCGUUUCCAGGACUCCACACCCAUGAACACAUCCAUCAGUUUUCGCUAGACCAUCCGGAGGAGUUCUGGGGUCAGCUGGCCAGAUCGCGGCUUGAGUGGCAGCGGGAGUUCAAGACAGUGACGGCCCAUGAACCAGAGAAAGCAAUAUUUAGGUGGUUCCCUGACGGCCAACUCAACGUGUCGGUGAACUGCGUAGACCGUCACGCCCGCCAUGAUCCCGACCGAGUGGCGCUGCUGUGGGAGAAGGACGAGCCGGGACAGCAAGAGGCAAUUACCUACAGGGAACUGAAGGAUGAGGUAUGCCGGCUGGCCAACGUCCUGCGAGCGAGCGGCGUCGGGAAAGGGGACAGGGUGGCCCUCUACCUGCCAGUGUCGCCCCUCGCUGUGGCUUCUAUGCUAGCCUGCGCCAGGAUCGGGGCUGUCCAUUCCGUUGUCUUCGCUGGUUUCUCCGCUGAAGCUCUUGCCUCCAGGAUCCAAGACGCCGGGGCAGAGACGGUGAUCACGACAGACCAGGCAGUGCGGGGCGGCAAAGUGAUCCAGCUGAAGCAAGUGGUGGACGCUGCGGUGGUCAAGUGUCCUUCCGUCAAGCGGGUGUUCGUAGGCUCGCGGACCGGAUCCCAGAUGAAGAUGGGGCCCAAAGACAUAGCGCUGGAAAAAGCUCUGAGCUGCGAGGGAACUGAGUGCGAACCAGCUGUGCAGGACGCCGAGGACUUGCUGUUCUUGCUGUACACCUCUGGCAGCACUGGAUCACCUAAGGGCGUGGCGCACACUACUGCCGGCUACCUCCUCUACGCAGCCACCACACAUAAGCACGUGUUCGAUUACCGUGAUGGAGACGUGUUUGGCUGCGUGGCGGAUGUCGGCUGGAUCACUGGCCACUCCUACGUGGUGUACGGUCCCCUGGCUAACGGCGCCACCACGGUACUCUUUGAGAGCACUCCAACAUACCCAAAUCCAGGUCGGUACUGGGAGACGGUAGCACGGUUGGGCAUUACUCACUUUUACUGCGCCCCCACCGCGCUGCGUCUGCUGCUGCGUUACGAGGACGACUGGGUGAAACGCUAUGACCGCUCCACGCUGCGGGUGCUCGGGUCGGUGGGUGAGCCGCUCAACCACGAAGCGUGGCACUGGUUCAAUGAUCUGGUGGGCGAGAAGCGCUGCACACUUGUGGACACCUGGUGGCAGACAGAAACUGGAGGCAUCAUGAUCAGCCCGCGACCCUCGGCACCAAGCGCCCCCGUCCUGCCAGCCCUACCCAUGCGGCCAAUGUUCGGAGUGAAGCCUGUUCUGUGCGACCCAAACGGAGGUGUGGUGGAGGGCAUGGGCGUGGACGGCGCUCUGUGCGUUGGAUCCGUGUGGCCGGGUAUUGCUCGCACCAUCUACGGUGACCACAAGCGCUACAUUGACACCUACUUCAGUCCGUACAAAGGACAUUACUUCAGCGGCGACGGCGCCCACCGAGACCAAGACGGCUACUACCACAUCACAGGUCGCAUGGAUGACGUCAUUAACGUCACUGGACAUCGCCUGGGUACCGCCGAGGUGGAGGACGCCAUGAUGGAGCACCCUGAUGUGGCCGAGGUGGCGGUGGUCGGGUUCCCGCACGAGGUGAAGGGCGAGGGUGUGUUUGCCUUCAUGAUUCUCAAGGACCACACACAUGAAUCCACUGAGGAGAUCAAAAACGACCUCAAGAAACUGGUGCGCUCCAAGAUAGCUGGUUACGCCGUUCCUGAGACCUUCCUGGUGUGUCCGGGACUGCCUAAGACACGCUCGGGCAAGAUCAUGCGUCGUAUCCUGAGAAAGGUGGCUGCCAACAAGCCUGGAGAGCUGGGCGACAUUUCCACCCUGGCUGACCCCUCCAUCGUCCAAAGCAUUAUCGAAGCGUACAACAACGAGAAGCGCUGAUGCUACACGCGACGCCACUCCACUACACGACACUGCGCAGAGCAACACAACAUGGCGCCAUAUUCAGAAACGCUUCCCUCUCUCACCGCGACCAUUUCUAAAGACUACAAAGACGAUUAGCCGAGUUCUAAAGAGUAUUUUUUUUUCUGUUGAUAAUCCAAAAAACUAGUUAACAUCUUACUAAAAUCACAGAAAGUCUUAAAAACCAGUGUCACUUCAACUAGAG